GCAGCCGCGUUUUCGCGCCAGCUUCCGAAAAGCUAUAAUAAUAAUAAUAAUAAUAUGAUAAUAGAAAAAUUGUAUCAAUUAUUGAAUCGAGUAAUUGUUUACAUCGUUAAGAGGUUGGUUCGAUUUUCUUGUGGUCGAAGAAUUUACGAAAUUUCGUCUACAAUGCCACAAAAAUUGCACGUGUUGCGUUGCUAUUCUUGUAAAAUGUUUCAGGUGCAAAUAGUAAAAAAAGUGCCGAAAUGGCAGUGCAGGAUGUGCAACGAGAAGCAAAUGACUCAAGUCGUUUAUUUCCAAGGCUCUGGUGCAGAGUGCAGAAAAUAUGUGCAGACCCAAAACCUAAAAAACAUUGAAGGAAAAGAAUUGGCGGUGAUCGAUGCUUGGGGCUUUGACUGCGAGGUGGACGAACAUUCCCAAGACUCCUGUGACUGCAGUGAGAGAAAAUUGAUGGCUGAAAAAUUGACCUCGUUUUUGACCAGCGAUGAGCACGAGUUGAAAGAAAAUUCAGAACUUUUACAGUCUUCAAAACGCCAGAAAUUAAAUAGUGGAAGCAAGCUCACAAUGAGUUUGCCGGACACGGAUUUGUGUAGCUCGAACAAGUGGCAAAGAAAGUCUCGAACUUUUCCAAUCACAAAAAAUAAAUUUGACCGUCCUAACAAGUACAACAAAUUUUUAGAGCCUCAAAGAGUUCAUGAGGUCAAUGAAGAAAAAUUUGAGGGAAAUUAUUCUCCAAAAGAAAAAUCGCCAAACUUUUCGGACACGGAACAUCAAAAUUCACCCAUUAAAGAUCCCAGUGGUUCAAAUUCACUCUCAAACUCAAUCAGCCCUAAAAACAGCCUCGAAAGUCGUGCAAAUGACCUUCAAAACAAUGCUGAGCCCAUGGACCAAAAAAUUGAAACCUGUGAAGGCUUAAUCUCAAGUCAAGUUGACGAAUCAUCUAAUAGCUCACGGUCUCCGUUUCAAGGCAUCGUUGCCAACUUGUUUGAGGAUCUGGACCACGAUUCGGACUUUGAACUCGAUUUUUAGAGCACAAAAAUUUUAAUUACUGUAUUUAUAUUUUUAUUGUAUUCAUUUCACUUGAUUACCAUUCAUUUGUUUUAACCUCACUUUUCAUUCAAAUUUUCCUGGGAGAACAAGCUUUCUCUUGAUUAUUUUUCAUUAUUUAUUUUGUACAAGAAGUUCCUAUGAGUAGGAGAGUCGGACUGCAAUUUCUCGAAGGAAUUGUAUCAGAAUCCAAAAAAUGUGAUAAUAAAAAAUGUGUGAUAAGUUUUUA